AUGGGUGUGUCCUGCAGGAUGCUGUGUCUCUAUAACCUAGCUCUCAGGUCUCCAGAUGCUUGCGCAAUCGCUCCUCAGGUCUUUUACUGCAGAUCAACGCAGCAGCAGAACAAAGGGAUUUAUAUGGCUACUUUGUCCUCAUAUUAUGUGGAGGAAAUCAGUUCUGUUAGGAUCAGAGAGGAAUGUGAGGAGGAGGAGGAGGAGGAAUGUGAAGCGGUAGAAGAGGACAUAGAAGACAAGGAUGAAGAAGAUAAAGAAGAGGAAAAGGGUAAGAUGCCAUUAAAAACAAAAGGUGAGGGACCUAAUGUUGAUUCAGACCACAGUGAUCUAGAUGAAUCAGCCAUCCAGAAGCAUCAGAAACCCGCCUGGGCUCCGUGUUUCUACUACAGAGUGGGUAGAGAGGUGUACUCUUAUGUCGGGCAGGAGAUCGUCAUUGAAGAGGGUCUUGACUCCUUCGCAGGCAUGAUAUGGCCAGCUGCUCUGACUCUCUGUCACUACUUGGACACUAAUCGUAAACAGAUCAGCCUCAUUGACAAGGCAGUCCUGGAAAUUGGGGCGGGAACCGGCCUUGUGUCCAUUGUAGCAACACUUCUAGGUGCCUGGGUGACAGCCACAGACCUUCCAGAGGUCCUGAACAAUUUGAGAGUGAACCUGAACAGGAACACCAGGGGCUACUGCAGACACACUCCCCAGGUGGCAGCUCUUUCCUGGGGCUACGACCUGAUGCACACCUACCCUUCAUCUGUGUAUCACUAUGACUACGUGCUGGCGGCUGAUGUGGUCUACCACCACGACUUCCUGGACGAGCUCCUGGUCACCAUGAAGCAUUUCUGCAGACCAGGAACAACUUUGAUCUGGUCCAACAAGGUCAGGUUUGAGACUGAUCUGACCUUCACUGAGAACUUUAAAAAGGCCUUUAACACAACACUGCUGGCCGAGGACGGAGAGAUGAAGAUAUUCAUGGCAACAUGUAGAGGAGAAGGCGGUGUUGGGAUAGAAACCCAAGAUCUGCUUAGCGAGACAGAGGAAGUAAAGAGAGGGGAGGCUGAGGAUGAUGCAGAGCCACGCAAUGGAAAUACAGAGAAAUGCAAAGGACAAGAACUUCAUUUUUCACCGGCUAAAGGAGGGGACAAUAACGAGGAAAACAAGCAUGAGUCUGAUGAAGAAGUAGACGAAGAAGACGCAGAAGAAGAAGAAGAAAAC